GAUCAGCCGGCAUUUUCAAGAAGAUGGCGGACAGCGAGGGAAAAGUUGGAGAAGGCUCCGAAAAGACGUCAGAAAACACAAAUAAGGCAUCUAACAAUGCUGAAACGGACAGCAAGACUGCUCAGAUCGCAGUUGGACCUCCACAUUCCAGCAGUAGGUUCGAAGUUGCCGCUGUUAACGAGAACAAAGAUGGGAAAGUCGACCCAGUCGGUGGGAACGGUAACGUAGCGCCGGUAACCGCGCCGCCGCCCGAUGCAACCCUCAAACCGUCGCCAUCGUACAGCGGCGCCGGGGGCAGCCAGGCCGAGUCCAACCUCGGCUCCGAGCUGUCCAGCGAAGACGCCAAGCCUAACCGCUUCUCGGUCCGCUUCGCUGACGGACGAGACGACGAGGCCGCCGAUGCCUUGGAAAUGUCGUCGUUGGGGAGGGGGGCGGAGUCUCCCCCGGCCUCCCCACAAGACACGCAGGGCGACACCCACCACAGAACUUUCGGGCACAACACGAUCGACGCCAUUCCACUCAUGGACUACUACAGGAAUUCCUCACAGUAUCUGGAGGGGGAAGAUGUCAAGCGGAGACCCACACUUGUCGAGCUGCACGAAGGCAAAACGGAGACCAAGUCCCACAAGCGUGGUGACUCCCUCCUGUUGGACAUCCAGUCUCCCAGCAGUGUGGAGGAAGAGACAGGAGCCCAGAAACCAGCCGGGCCUGCCGCUAUCAAGUUUGGCUGGAUCAAGGGGGUGUUGGUGCGCUGUCUGCUCAACAUCUGGGGAGUGAUGCUGUUCAUCCGGCUGUCCUGGGUUGUGGGGCAGGCUGGGAUAGGAUAUUCUUCAAUCAUCAUUCUGCUGUCAGCUGUUGUUACCACAGUAACAACACUAUCCAUGUCUGCAAUCUGCACAAACGGAGAGGUCAAAGGAGGCGGUGCAUAUUACCUGAUCUCUCGAAGUUUGGGACCAGAGUUUGGUGGUGCCAUCGGGCUCAUCUUUUCCCUAGCCAAUGCUGUGGCUGUUGCCAUGUAUGUGGUUGGUUUUGCAGAAACAGUGCGGGAUCUACUUAAGGACAAUAAUGCCCUGAUGACGGACGAGACAAAUGACAUCCGUAUCGUGGGCUGUAUCACCAUCGUGCUGCUGCUGGGGAUCACAAUGCUGGGCAUGGAGUGGGAGGCAAAGGCCCAGCUGGGUUUGCUGGUUAUCCUGGUUGUUGCUAUUCUAAACUACUUCAUCGGAGCUUUCAUUCCUGCCACCAGGGUCAAGAUGUCAAAAGGCUUCUUAAACUACCAAGGAGAAAUAUUUGCUGAAAAUUGGGUGCCAGAUUUCCGAGAGGGGGAGAGCUUCUUUUCUGUGUUUUCUGUCUUCUUCCCGGCUGCAACAGGGAUCCUGGCUGGGGCUAACAUCUCAGGGGACUUAACGGAUCCGAGUACUGCCAUCCCAAAGGGCACCCUGCUGGCCAUCCUGAUCAGCACCAUCGUGUACCUGGGUGCGGCCUGGUCUGCCGGUGCCUGUGUCAUCAGGGACGCCAGCGGGAACGGCACCGUCAUCAGUCUCCUGUAUGGUGACGUCAUCGGUAACGGUACUGCGCCCGCCAACUUCACCGGACCCCCGUCUGUCAGGCAGCUCAUAGACGGCAUCUCCGUGUGUCCAGAGGGGGGCUGUUACUACGGCCUCCUCAAUAACAAGCAGGUGAUGGAGAUGGUGUCAGGUUUUGGCCCGAUCGUGACUGCAGGUAUCUUCGCAGCUACGCUCUCCUCUGCACUGGCCAGCCUGGUGAGCGCUCCCAAGGUCUUCCAGGCUGUUUGUAAGGACAAAUUGUUCCCUGGGAUCCACAUCUUUGCCAAGGGAGUUGGCCAGAGUGAUGAGCCCAGACGGGGGUAUCUGCUGGCCUUUGUCAUUGCUGUUGGGUUCAUCCUCAUUGCGGAGCUGAACGCCAUCGCUCCUCUCAUCUCUAACUUCUUCCUGAUGGCGUACGCUCUCAUCAACUACGCUUGCUUCGCCUCAUCCCUGGCCAGUUCUCCAGGCUGGAGGCCAUCCUUUAAGUACUACAACAUGUGGGUGGCUCUGGUAGGAUCCCUGGUCUGUCUGGCCAUCAUGUUUGUCAUCAACUGGUACAUGGCCCUCAUCACCCUGGGAGUCAUCUGUGCCAUCUACGUCUAUCUCAACUACCAGAAACCAGACGUGAACUGGGGCUCCUCUGCUCAGGCUCAGAUGUACACAGACGCCCUGAAGGCCACCCUGAAGCUGGGUUCUGUGGGAGAUCACAUCAAGACGUACCGCCCACAGCUCCUAGUGCUGACUGGAGCACCCCACCACAGACCCCCGCUAGUAGAUCUUGGGUCUCACAUCACCAAGGAGGUCGGGCUGAUGGUCUGUGGACAGGUGAUCCUGGGUGACCUGACACAGGCCAACAUCAGGAAAUGUACCUCUCAGAAGGAGAACAAGUGGAUGCAGAAGAGGAAGGUGAAAGGCUUCACAUCUGUGGUGUGUUCUCCCAACCUGAGGACAGGAGUACAGAGCAUGUUACAGCUGACUGGGAUGGGUAAGAUGAGGCCCAACUCCAUCCUGAUGGGGUACAAGCACAACUGGAGAAGCUGCACGUACGAGGAGAUAGAUGACUAUGUCGGCGUCAUACAUGAUGCCUUUGACAUGAACUAUGGUGUGUGUGUGCUGAGGAUGAAGGGAGGUCUGGACAUCUCAACCAUCGAGACCAAGAAAGACAGAAUGACCAUCCCUCGUGCCAGUGGCCUAGGGAGACCCUCCCAUAGUGUAAACACUGAGAAGAAGCCGACCACCCUGGAGCUUCCCAACACCAACGGGCCAACAGAAGGCAACACAGUGUCUUCUACACCUGACUCUGUCCAGCUGACAAUAGCAAGUGCCACCUCCAGGACCUCCUUUUGGUCGAGUGGUGCCGCUGCGUUUUCAGGGAGCUCACCCAUGUUUCAGCCGCAAGACCUACCGAGGGAGGACAGCAAGGCGGGCUCCAUGGCAUCAUCGGCACAAUCCUCUCCUCAUGACUCGCCCACGCUGCCCCACCGCACGCCGGCGGAGAUCCCUGAGCACGAGCUGGAAACGACCCCGCUGGCGGCGAGCGUGGAGAACAUGGCGCAGGACAGCGGGGACGAGGGCGGGGAGGGCGACGACCACCACCUCUGUAUCCACAAGGGCGACGAGGCCAACAUCCUGAAGGACGUCGACAUGAGCAAGUUUAAGACCGCCAACAUCUUCCAGAACAAGCAGAAGAAGGGCACCAUCGACGUGUGGUGGCUGUUUGAUGAUGGAGGUCUGACACUGCUUGUUCCCCACCUCCUCUCUCUGAAGUCCCAGUGGAAACACUGCAAGCUGCGGGUCUUUACUGGCGGCAAGAAGUCUCGAAUUGACCACGACAGAAGAAUGAUGGCUGCUUUACUGUCCAAGUUUCGUAUAGAUGUCCAUGAUGUGUAUGUGCUGGGAGACAUGAACUACAAACCCAGGGAGAGCAGUAAGAGUGAGUUUGAGAACCUGAUUGACCUGUGGAGGCUGAAGGAACACCAGUUUGAGUCAGACGAGGGCCGCCGGCUGCGGGAACAGUACCCUGAGAAGAUCUCCGACGAUGAAUACGAGACUGUCCGAGACAGGGUGAAUAGACAUCUGCGUCUUCGUGAGCUGCUACAGGAACAUUCCAAGGAUGCCUCCCUCAUUGUCAUCACAUUACCCAUGCCCAGGAGAGGUGUGGUGUCCACAGUGAUGUACAUGGCCUGGCUGGAGAUACUGUCCAAGGACCUGCCACCUGUCCUCAUGAUGAGGGGGAACCAACAGAGUGUCCUUACCUUCUACUCCUAGUCCCCUCAGCAUCUGUAGCAUCUACAGCUUCAUGCUCUGCUUUGUUUCCCCCUGGUGUGCAAAUGGACUGGUCCAGGAGAUGGUCAGGCUGGACAGAGAGACGGGCAGUACCACUUGGCUGGAGGGAUGGCCAUGAUAGAAAGUGGGAACAACACUUUUCUCCCUCUACAUUUUGGCAGCUUCAUACAUCUUGACAACACUGUUAUGCAGUUGCAUCUCAUUCUGUCUGUGUUCUGUCGGCAGCUCGCUCUCAGACAUUCAAACAGGACAAACAGUCCAAAACAAGUUACUAGUACAGUUGUAUCUUAUUUUCUUGCCUCAUGAUGACAAUAGGAAGCUAACUUAAGAUCAGUGAAAUAUCACUGAGAAGAUAACAUCAAAUGUUGUGGGAUGAUGUUUGAGCAAAUAUUUUCAAAUUACAGCUUCUGAAUGUCCAAGGAGAAUAGCAAUAGACAAUCCAAAAUUUGGUUCUGGAAAUUGAAGUCAUGUGUGAGAUGUCGAUCUGUACAUCUACUGUUGACUAAUUUAAACAUUUUAUCCCUGUAAGCAUGAAAGCUGAGUCACUCACUGUUUUCUGUUUCUGUGUACAUUAUAACUUCUUAAAUUUGGUUACAGGGUAGAAUAUUGUAGUCAUAGCAUAAUAUUAUGUAUUUUACAUUCUUAAAUGCACUACAUAUACACAUGUAAUGUACAUAAUUUCCAAUGUCACCUUUUAGAGAAGAAAAUUACAGUAAAUGCAUUUGGGGGAGGUUUUGUUAUCUUUUUUAAAGAAUUUAAAUGUACUCAUUAGUAAGAAAUAUCAUAUCCAAGUUUUUCAAUCAUUAGCAAUGUAGUAGAUGGCCAUAAUGUUAGUGUGUAUUGUUUGUUUGUUUGUGUAGAAAACCACUUGAUGUCAUUGUAAGGUGUCAAGUUAAGGGAUGCUGAUGUCACAGAAUAGAAAAAUGCCAAUCCUUGGGGUGUCCUAAAUUUGGCAUUGAAAAGAGUCUCAAGGUAUAUAUACUAUAUAAAAAUGCUGCUGAAAAGUUUUAUGAAAAGGAUAUCAUUAUCUUCCUUUAUAAUGCCACCUUAAUAAUUAUAUAGUGUACAUGAGCAAUUUUUGGUACAGGUUUUGUGAUAUAUAUUAUGUAACCUCAAUUUUUUAAUACUCUGAUUGUGUGAUAUAUAUAUUAUAAGAUUCAGUUUCACUUCCUUAAAGUGAUGUAGGACUAGCAAAUGAAUUAUUCACAUGUUUACACAAAAUGUAGAAUUGUCUUUGCCCGGUCCCCCCAGCAUUAGGAAUGAGAAAUGCCAGAAGCAAAACAAAAGAUGUUUCUGUACCUUAUACAAUGUCUUACUGCCUUAUCUUACUAUGCAAAAUAGUUCUGAGUUUUGUCUAGGUCUGUUCCUCUCUAUGUGACAUUGCUGAUACAAUACAGAUAUUGUAUGUAUAGAUGAGUCCACAGAAGAGAAGAAUGAAGGGUAAAAAUGAAAUGGCAGACUUUCUCGCAGAACUUUUUCAAUAAGCUUAAGCAUGCUACUUAGUUACCUUUUAUCCUUGUCUAUGAUCCUGGUACUGUCCUAACCGUGUAACAACUUCAGUAGAAUGUUGUAACAAAAAGUAAAUCAAAACCUCUUCACAUGUACAUCAAAUUUUAGUCAUCCAAGUACCACGGCAGGCCUGAUUUUGGUAGAUACACCAGAAACCGCUGCAUCUGAAAUCAUUAUAGUAAAGACAUUAUGACAGUGGACCAAAAUGCUUGAGUGCCUCUAGUAAUAGUAUGUGGGAAAAGGGAAAUGUUUAUGCUGGAUUAUUCACAAAAGUUGGUUCAUUGUUUCUCUGUCCCACUUCAAGCAAUGAUUGUGUCACCACAACUUUGAUUAACGGGUUAACAAUGUGGUUUCAUAUUAAAGUAAUGUGUGCAGAUGAUAUAUACUACUGGAGUAGCAAGAAUUUUUAAUUUAGUGUGGUUUCAUAUUAAAGUAACUCUACAACGUAGUAUUUCUUUAAUGAUCUAUUAUACAGCCAGCCUAUACUGGACAAAAGAAAUUGAAAUACAUACAAGAGCCUUGAUUUUUAUGGUACAGUGUGAGGCCAUUUACUAAAAACGAGGCAAAGAAACAUCUCAGUGCAAUCAGAAAGGACAGCUAUUACAAUGACAGUAACAUAAAGCAAUUUUAAGCAAUUAGUAUGAAAUAAUCUCUGGAAGAGUAAUGUGUGCAGAUGAUAAUUAUAUACUUCUGGAGUAGAAAGAAGUUUUAAUUUAGUGUCAUAUCAGUGCCUCGACCUUGUAAAUUGUGUUGUUCAUAGCAAGGUACAUUUAGCACAGAUACGAGCUUGUGAGAAAAAAAGGUAUUUUACUUAACUACGUUAUCUGUAUAGUAGUAUGUCAUGUAAUAGAUUGUCGUGUAAUUAAGAAAUUUCUUCUUUGUAGCUGUUUAAUUUGUAUUUUUUGAGACCUGUAACUGGUUAAAAUAAAGAUAUGAAAAUGUGA